CUGAUUACUGAGCGCGGAAUAAGUGCAGGCACCAGCUCUGUUUCCCUGUCACAUUCAAAGAGGACGUGGGUGUCGAAAUACAGUUGCCACUCAUACCUACCACAAGAUGUCCUGUACUAAGAUCCAGACCUCGGGAGAGGACCACUGUAAGCUUCCCUGUCAAGCAGACAGGCAUGGAUUGCAGAGCAUUGCAAAUCUUGUGUGCUCAGUGGAGGAGAUACCAGAGCCCAUCUCCACACAAGUGAAGGGAACCAUCCCUACCUGGAUUCGAGGGAACUUUCUCCGCAAUGGACCAGGGAAAUUUGAGUUUGGCAAUGAACACUACAACCACUGGUUUGAUGGGAUGGCUCUCAUGCACCAGUUCAAGAUCGAGGAUGGGCAGGUGUCCUACAAGAGCCGAUUCUUGCGCAGCAAUUCAUACAAACAGAACAGCGAACAUGACCGCAUCAUGGUUUCAGAGUUCGGCACGGUGGCCUUGCCUGACCCCUGCAAGAAUAUCUUCCUACGCUUUCUCUCCCGCUUUGAAUGGAUCAAACCAACUGACAAUGCAAGUGUAAGCUUUGUCAAAUACAAAGGCGAUUACUAUGUCAGCACCGAGACCAACUUUAUACACAAGGUGGACCCUGGGACUCUGGAAACUGUUGAGCAGGUGGACUGGAGCAAGUUCAUUGCUGUGAAUGGAGCGACUGCACAUCCACACACUGAUCCUGAUGGCACAGUCUACAACAUGGGCAACUCAUAUGGCCCAAAAGGUACUUUCUACAAUAUUAUUUGCGUUCCUCCUGAGCGGGAGACAGCCAAUGACACUCUCCAGGGCGCGAAGGUUCUGUGCUCCAUCCCUCCUACUGACAACAGCCGGCCAUCUUACUACCACAGCUUUGCUAUGUCAGAAAACUAUGUGUUGUUCAUUGAACAGCCUAUUAAAAUGAACGUUUGGAAGAUUCUCACAGCUAAGCUGACAGGAAAGGGUAUUAGUGAUGCCAUCUACUGGGACCCCAAACUUGAGACUAUCCUCCACCUAAUCCACAAACAGACUGGCCAGGUCAGUCCAGUGAAGUACCACACCAAAGCCAUGUCCACCUUCCACCAGAUCAAUGCCUUUGAGCAGGACAGCUUCCUCAUGCUGGACCUGUGUGCCUCAGAUGACGGCCAGGCCAUCAACGUCUACAACCUCCAGAACCUGCGCAAGUCAGGGGAGGCUUUGGACCAGGUGUACAACAAGAUGUCCAGGGCGUUCCCUCGGCGCUUUGUGCUGCCCCUCGACAUCAACAAUGACACACCUAUGAACCAAAACCUCAACACACAGCCCAACAGCACAGCAACAGCCAUGAAAAUCACAAAUGACAAGGUGUUUUGCACCCAUGAGAAUCUCCAUGGCGACGACCUUGAGGAUUUUGGCGGUUUAGAGUUCCCACAGAUAAACUAUAACAGGUGUAACACCAAAGCCUACCGCUACUUCUACGGAUGUGGCUUCAGACACCUGGUUGGGGAUUCCUUACUCAAGAUGGACUUGGAGGGCAAACAGUUAAAGUCCUGGUACCAGGAGGGUCUCUUCCCUUCCGAACCAGUCUUUGUUCCAUCGCCUGAGGCGGUUGACGAGGACGAGGGGGUCAUCCUCUCAGUGGUGCUCACCCCCACUGAGGAUAAAGGAACAUUUUUGCUGGUUCUGGACGCUCAGACCUUUGAGGAGCUGGGCAGGGCUGAAGUACCGGUCAACAUCCCGUAUGGCUUCCAUGGCGCCUUCCACUCGACUGCCUAGACAGGCAGCUGCCACCUUGAUCCAGGGGCCAGACAGCACUGGCCAAAGAUUCAACUGUUAAUGAAGGAUUGACAGGAAAACUCAUUCUAUUCCAAGACUGCAGUGUGUCAAGUAAUCAUCUGCAUGAAAACAGUACUUACAUAAUUGUGCCUAUAUGGUGUGUACAUAUGGUAUGUCACCAAACAGGCUUGUGCACAAUCAGAGCACAGUGCAGACUCAACAUCUUUUUUUACACACUCUCUCUCUCUCUCUCUCUAUUCCAAGACUGCAGUGUGUCAAGUAAUAAUCUGCAUUAAGACAACACUUACAUAAUUGUGCCUUCUAAACUCUUAUUUUAAAUGUUACAUGUUUACAGUACAGUUAUGUGUCUAUAUAAUCCAAAGUGAGGUUCAAUACAAAUGAAUAGUCAGGGAGAUGCCAAAUGAUCCGAAGUGCCAUUUGUUACACAGUUCUGAAGUGCAAGAUAGAUGGGAGGAAAGGACACAAGAGUAACGAUUUGAAGCAGUUUGUGGGGUGGGUGAGUGAAAAUGUAUCAAGAAUAGGUGCAAACCUAAUGCAAAGGACCUUUCAAAAGUAAAGGAACUUCAAAUGUGAAACCCAUAUACUUUAUAUAAGUAUCUAUAUCAUUUUUUCAUUGUUAUGUUAAAUAACUAUUUUAGUCAUAAGUUGAUUAAUUCUGUUAUAUGUUUUUCUUCAAGCAUAUAUGUAUACUAAUCUAUAACAUUUUUUACAAACACUUUGCUACUAUUUUCAGAACCUUGAUGUCAUUUUUCAAAACUCUAGACACAAAACUCAAAACGAUUAUCACUUGUAACCAGUGUUUUGAAUAACGCCGUUUAAAAGAACGGCGUUAGGUAACAACAUUAUUUUUUCAGUAACGGGGUAAUCUAAUUAAUUACUUUUCCCGUUGUUACAACGCCGUUAACGUUACUGGACGUUA